GAUUAUACGUGUUACUAAAUCCAAGGAGCUGUUACAGCUGAUACGCUUAUUGCAGGGUUCCCGUAUAUUACCAUGUGGCAAUCCGACCAAUGGCUAUUGCAUAAAACCUGGAUCGUGGCACAAUUCGGUUUAUAGGUAUAUGAAUCAUUGGAAUUCCUUGAGUCAUCCUAGGAACCCUAGAAUCCCUAAGGACACCCGUUGGUGCAUAUAUGACUUGAGAUGUAGUCCUCGUGGUCCCGUAUUCUGCGCAGGUACUUUGCGCAACAAUACUGGAAGUACUGCUGGCGCCAUCAAUCCUACAAUGUCACUCUAUGUAGGAUCAGUGACACACCAAUUCCACAUUAUGCGUCGCAUAUCGUGGUCUGAAGGUAAACUCCAGCUAGAUUCCAUAACUAAAGCUUUUUUCUAUACCCUAUCUGGUCCCAGGAUAAACAAGGUUGUGUAUAACGAUUCCGUAGAUCUCGCUUGCUGGCUUGGUUAUAAUUGUAAUGUCACAUUUCGGAAUGUACUUGAUUUGUGUUAUAUGUAUGUAACACAAUCUGAGAAUAUCCAUGUAACAAACAGUUAUUCUAUGAUCAAGGAGAUGCUGGAUCAUUCUGUUGAGGCACAACAGAAGACCAGAUAUUUAAACUCCUUUGCUGGCAACAACGCUAGAUACCAUUUAUUGAUGUUUAACCAAUUGGUGCGAUACCUCCUUGAUAAACAUGGCCACCCUGAAAGUGCGUGGAAAACUAAUAUACACCAAAUGAUCGAGUCUUUAGCUCAGGGGUACCAUUGUUACCAUAUGCAAUCCGCGGAUGGCGGUAUUACUGUUGGUGAGUACACUCCUAGUGACUUUAAAGGACAACUAGAGGCUACUAUUGACCUCAUAGUUGUGAAGCCUACUCGUGCAAUUAAUAUACUUGACCAUAGUCCUGUGUUGGCGAUAUUAAAGCAGAAAUCAUAUGUUGACAGGACUGCAUUGCUUAAUACGGGCAUGUUUGUGGUAUCUCCAUUGGAUAAUGUGGUACAUCCACUCUAUGCAUUGGUGGCACCUGAUUUAUUUUACCAAUUCUCUGAUGUUGAGGUUGGUGAAGCCAUACAGGUUAUACCUAUUAAAGAGCCAAGCGGCAUUGUGAAAUUAUAUAACAUUUACGAUAGGUUCUGUUGCUAUGUAGAGCGUCAGCAUGGUAACACUCUUUUUUACGAUAUACGGCUAAGGAAGCUAGUUCCUAGGAUUACUCGUCCUCGCUGAAGAGAUCACUGC